GUCACCAUUAAAAGUAGCACCGAUCUGUCAAACCCCAGGCUGUGUGAGCCGGAGAGGUUAGCGUGCGGAGAAUGGAGCACAAGUAGGGUUCGCAAGAACCUGUCAAGUCUGCCCGGGUCCAUGCCAUGCUGCCCUCCUCAUGGAUGCCAUUACGUUCAGGAGCGACACUGUGCUGUCAGACAUCCACCUGCUCCAGCCCAACACCCAGCACCUCAUGGUGAGGCUGAACGCGGUCGGACAGCCAGUUUUUGUAUCGCAGUUCAAGAUUCUGUGGGAUAGUGAGCAACUGGACUGCAGUGAGUCUCCCCCUCCAUCAUACACUGAUCAGCCACCUCCAGAAAACACUGCAGACUGUGGAUUACCCGAGCAGGAGAGAGAGGGGGUGGACGAGGAGAAUGAGGAGGAGGAAGGGGAGGAUGGAUGGCGGCGGUCCGGGAGUCUGGAGCUUCUGCUGGACGAGGAUGGAGAUCUGGACGUGGUCAGAAGGCCGAGGGGGGGAGACGCCCUUGGGAGGGACAGGAUCUAUCCCAUAAUCCUGAGCAAAGGGGAGGAGGCAGCCAGCGACAGGGACGAGCUGGAAGAGAGUGACCGCAGUGUCAUCAAGAUCGAACAUACGAUGGCCACUCCACUAGAAGAUGUUGGGAAGCAGGUUUGGCGAGGAGCUUUUCUCAUGGCUGACUUCAUCUUGUCUCACCGGGACCUGUUCCAGGGCUGCACCGUGCUGGAGCUGGGAGCCGGCACGGGGGUUACCAGCAUCAUCAUGGCGACGGUUGCCAAGAAGGUCUACUGCACAGAUGUUGGUCAAGACUUGCUGAGCAUGUGCGAGAGAAACGUGGCUUUAAACAAGCAUAUCCUGGAGUCAGCAGAUGGGGAAGUGAAAGUUUGUGAGCUGGACUGGAUGAGAGAUGAUUUCUGCACUGAUCCAGAGGUGGAAUUCAGCUGGACAGAAGACGAGGUGGCAGAUCUACACGACAACACCACCGUGCUGAUAGCAGCGGACGUGUGCUACGACGACGACCUGACGGAUGGCUUAUUUAGGACUCUGUACAGAAUCAUGAGCAACUUGAGACACCCCUGCACUCUUUAUUUUUCUAUUGAGAAAAGGCUGAACUUCACGCUGCAGCACAUGGACGUGUCAUGCGAGGCGUAUGAUCAUUUCCGCUCCUGUCUGUCCGACUUGAAAAACAUCACAGAUGGCAAAAGGAUCUUCACCCUAGAGCCUGUUCCGCUCUGCUUCCCACAGUUCCUCAUCUAUGAACGCAUCAAACAGCUGGAGCUGUGGAAAAUCACUUCUUCACAUCCUGAUCAGAUGAAAGCUACUCCAGCAGUGUGAUGUCAAAGGGCAGCUGUGGGCAAUUUGAGAGCCCCCUUGUGUGUUUGUUGUGCACUGAUGGACUUUGAGUGCGAUCUGUGUGUCAGAAGCAUGUUCAAAAAAGACACUGAAGCCUAAUGAAGGGAAGAAGUUCCUUCGUUAUAAAAGGCCAGACGAUAUGUGAUUUAUUUUGUAGUGUGAGGGUUAUUUUACUAAACUGCAAGCAUAUAGGUGUCAUAAGACUUUACAUUUUCAGGUAUCUAACUGGCACAGUUUGAACGGCUCCUGUUGUUUCACAGUUUCACCCUCUCCAUGUUUUGAUAGGAGCUUGAUUAGCCACAGUGUACAGGUAACAAGCUCAGGUGUGUCUUAUUAAACUCAUAGUAAAACCAGGAAUGGAUCGAACUGCUAUGCAACAGGAGUUUUAUUUCCAUCCCAGAUUACUAUACACAUGCACCUUUAUUUGGAAGCACAGACAAUGUAUAUGCAAGAAUUGAAAUGUAUACACGGCUCCUUUCUAAAAAUGAAAAGUUGUAUUUUUAUAUGAAAAAAUUACAAAGCAGAUUUUACAAAAUGAAUGUAGUGUCAUGAAUUCUGGGCAAUAUUAGUUUUAUUAUUAGACGCUAAAGAGAUGAUUUAUUGCAAAUGAUUUUAAUUAUAAUUUUACAAAACAAACACUUUACACUUCUCUACUUGGAGCAAGAACAGAAGCUUGUGUCAUUUUUUUUUUUUUCAAACCCCUGAAGGUCUGA